CCGUCAUCUUGUCUACUCGCAAAAAAAAAAAGCAAGCAGAUUUCUGCUGAUGCAGUGAUGUCUGGAAAUGUCAAGGGCUCGCUUAUUGCCCCUUAAUGUAUCUCCCCCUCCUGAAUUGCAGCGCAAGAUUUUCUCCUGCGGUAUACUGUAAGCUGUUCACACCACCGUGCCGCCGCGCCAGCAGCUCCCGACGCUGCAGCUCUGCCUUUCUCUCUUUUCGCUCCUUUUUCCAUCUCAGGCUUUCCUCAUUAGACUCUCCUGAUUUUCAUCUCGUUUCUAAAGAUUUGAGGACACUUUGCGACGGACACAGUUAGGAUGGCGAUGAGCACAGUGAGGCUCUUUUUGGUGGUAGGUGCAAUGUAAAGUUACCACAUGACACCCACUGCUGCCCUGUCGUUGGAUGAUUUUACUCGAGGAUAAGACGCAUUCAAGACCUUUCAAGAUCAGCCCACGAGGCAGCAGUAACAACAGCAGCAGAUGCACUGGAGAGCAGCAAUGGUCAAGUCAGCGAGAACCGCAGUGGAGCCGCACUGAGGCAAAGCAGCCAACCAGCCCCCUCGUAUCUGGGGACGUCUCCAACAAUUUAAGGGGUGUGGGAAGCUGAGGAGUGGAAAAAUUUGCCCCGAACCUGAAUGCCUGCUAAGUUAGACUAACCGGGAUCCCAACACAACUCCUCCCCCCUCCACCUCCACCUCCUCCUCCUUCCCAAAAUGACCGUGGUAGCAGGAGAUAACAUGGAUGACACCUCGGCUGUCCCGGGCCACCCUCAGGACACCUACCCCCCUGACCACAACGACCACGAAUGCUGCGAGAGGGUGGUCAUCAACAUAGCCGGUCUCCGGUUUGAGACGCAGUUGAAAACUCUCUCCCAGUUUCCGGAGACGUUGCUUGGCAACCCCAAAAAGCGGAUGCGGUACUUUGACCCUCUGAGAAAUGAGUACUUCUUCGACAGGAACCGCCCCAGCUUUGACGCCAUCCUCUAUUACUACCAGAGUGGGGGUCGGCUGAGAAGACCAGUAAAUGUCCCUUUGGAUAUGUUCUCAGAAGAGAUCAAAUUUUAUGAGCUGGGAGUGGAUGCCAUGGAGAAGUUUCGUGAGGACGAGGGUUUCAUCAGGGAGGAAGAGCGUCCUUUACCUGAGAAGGAGUUCCAGCGUCAGAUAUGGCUCCUCUUUGAGCACCCGGAAAGCUCAGGCACUGCGAGAGGGAUCGCCAUAGUGUCUGUGAUGGUAAUCCUGAUUUCAAUAGUCAUAUUUUGUUUAGAGACUUUACCACAGCUGAAAGAGGACCCGAGGGGUCGAAUGGUGACAGUUGGUAACACUACUGUUUAUUAUAAGCCAAAUAUCCUCACUGACCCCUUCUUCGUCAUUGAGACUCUCUGUAUAAUCUGGUUCUCCUUUGAGUUGAUUGUACGCUUUCUGGCGUGCCCGAGCAAACCGGCCUUCUUCAAGAACAUGAUGAACAUGAUCGACAUAGUGGCUAUCAUCCCCUACUUCAUCACACUCGGCACCGAGCUGGCCGAAGACCCAGAAAAGGAGGGAGUGGGGGAGCAGGCAACAUCUCUGGCCAUCCUCAGGGUGAUCCGUCUGGUCAGGGUGUUUAGGAUCUUCAAGCUGUCACGACACUCCAAAGGACUGCAGAUUUUGGGGCAGACCCUCAAGGCCAGCAUGCGAGAGCUGGGAUUGCUGAUCUUCUUUCUGUUCAUUGGAGUCAUCUUGUUCUCCAGCGCUGUCUACUUUGCUGAGGCAGAGGAGCAAGAUUCCUACUUUGGCAGCAUCCCAGAUGCAUUCUGGUGGGCUGUUGUGUCUAUGACAACUGUGGGCUAUGGGGACAUGGUCCCCGUCACUAUAGGAGGCAAGAUUGUAGGAUCUCUGUGCGCCAUCGCCGGAGUGUUGACAAUUGCGCUCCCAGUGCCUGUCAUUGUGUCCAACUUCAACUACUUCUACCACAGGGAGACCGAGGGAGAAGAGCAGGCCCAGCUGCUCAACGUCAGCAACCCCAACAUCCCCUCUGAAACCAACUCCAGCCGCCGUAGUUCGUCCACCGUCAGCAAGUCAGAGUACAUGGAGAUUGAUGGAGACAUAAACAAUAGCAUCGACAACUUUAGGGAGGCAAACCUCAGAACUGGCAAUUGCACUAUAGCCAACCAAAACUGUGUAAAUAAAAGCAAGCUGCUUACAGAUGUUUAGACACUAGUUAAGAACUUUGGGAUCUCUGUGGGACUGUCAUAUGUGGAGUAGACCAUCAGUUAGGAAUGCUUCAUUUACCUCCUCAAAGCGCUCUAUGGCAUUAGGCCUACAACUACGCUCAGCUAUAUAGAAAGGAAAAUCAAAGAUCUUAGAGUAUAUGACAGGUAGAUAGAAUAAUUAAUUCUUCUGAUCCUACAAAUAUAUAGGUACAUCAAAAAGAAAACAUCAACUAUUACGCAUCUACACGGCUCCCUGGAGGACGCAGAGCACACACUGUCUAAUCAGAUGACGGCGUGAUAAUUAAAAUCUUAUGCAUGGAGUACAGAUAACAUUUCAGCAAGUUGCACAAUGCACCAGAAAAGUCUGCAGAGACAUGCAAGCACCUGCAGCCAAAGUGGUAAGCGCCAAGAAGUUAGGUGACCCCCUCCUCGCUCCCUCCUCCUCCUCCUCCUCCUCCUCCUCCUCCUCCUCUUCUCUCCUCCCUCCCUACAAAGGAUAUC